AUGGCCAAGACGUCCAAAGCCACGAAGAAGUUCCAGAGCAAGCAUCUCAAACGGACGCUCGACCACCGCAAGAAGGUCCAGGCCCACAACAAAAAAGUCCUGCUGCGCAAGAAGAAGCUGCUGAGUGGCGAUGACUCCGAACCGGUGCCCACCGCGGCCAAGGAAGUGUUUGAAGACAUGAGUGUCGACCAAUUCUUCGACGGCGGCUUUGAGGUGCCCAAGGAGAAGAAGGGCAGCAAGAAGGCUGAGCUGGAACUGGAGUCUGAAGACGAGAGCGAUGAGGAAAUCGAUGAAGACGUUGACGACGAAGUAGACGAAGAAGAGGCCAGUGACGACGAAUCUUCGGAAGAAGAGGAUGAAGAAAUGAUGAAGGAAGACAUGGAGAAGCUCAAGGAAAAAGACCCUGAGUUCUACAAGUACUUACAGGAGAACGACAAGGAGCUUUUGGACUUUGAAGGCGGUAACCCCUUGGACAUGGUUUCCGACGACGACGACGACGAAGAAGAAGACGACGACGAAGAACAAGAAGGAAAAAAAGCCAAAGAAUCCAAGCUGAAGGCUAAGCGUGACCUUACGAAGGAGUUGGUGGCGAUGUGGAAGUCUAGACUCGCCGAGAAGCCUUCGCCUAAACUCAUUAGGGAAAUCUGUGUUGGUUUCGACGCUGCCGUCAACGUCAACAACGAUCAAGUGGUGACCAAGUUCAUCGUGAGAGACCCCGACGCAUUCACUCUGCUUAUCUACCUCACUCUCAAAGAUGUGCCCCAGGCAAUCCAAAAGCUUGUCAAAUACAAAAAGGGCCCCCACGGCGUCAGAGUGAUCCCCGAAAACAACCAGUACGUCCACCCGCUCACGCAAGUGCUCAAGAACCACGCGCUCAGUGUGCUCACGCUUUUAAACGACAUCACCAACACCGACAUCGCCGCGUUGGCGUUGCUGUCAUUAAACGAGAUCUUCCCCUUCUACUUGGGCCACAAGCGGCUCGUGAAGAAGCUCGUCAAUGAAGUGGUGGGGUUGUGGCUGACGCUGCAGGACACCGAGACCCAGAUCGCCGCGUUUGCCUUCUUGAACAACGUCAGUCGCGAGUUCCCCACCUCGGUGUUGGAAGUGGUAUUGAGACAAACUUAUUCGGCUCUCGUCCAAGCCAGUCACAAGGUGACCCAGCGCAGUUUGCCCCUGCUUAACUUCUGUAAAAACCUGGCGGCGGAGCUUUACGGUAUCGACACUACCAUCGCCUACCAGGUCGGGUUCGAAUUCAUCCGUCAGGCCGCCAUCCACUUACGUAACCUGAUCAACCAGACCCUGAACGCUAAGGAAGGGUACAAGAUCGUCUACAACUGGCAGUACGUCAACAGUCUUGACUUCUGGUCACGUGUGGUGUCGCUCCACGGCAGUGAGGAAACCUCGCUCCGCCAAUUGGUGUACCCGUUAGUGCAAGUGACUCUCGGUACCAUCAGACUCAUCCCCACCGCCCAGUUUUACCCGCUCCGAUUCUACUUGGUCAGAGCCCUCCUCAGAGUGUCGCAGGCCACCGGUACCUAUAUCCCCAUCUUCCCCUUGCUUGCCGAGGUGUUGACGUCGUCGAUGUUCUCUAAACCCCCCAAGUCGCUGAAACUUGCCGCCGUCGACUUUGACUCCAACAUCAAGGUGAACCAGGCGUACUUGGGCACCCGUGCCUACUUUGACGGCGUCGCCGACCAGUUCAUCGAGCUUUCCGCCGAGUUCUUCGGGUUGUACGCUAAACUGGUGGCGUUCCCCGAACUCGUCACCCCCGCGGUGUUGCUGUUGAGACGGUUUUUGAAGAAGAGCAAGAACGGUAAGUUCAAUCGGCAAUUGGGCCAGUUGGUGGAGAAGUUGAAUGCCAACGCCCAGCUCGUCACCCAGCAACGUCUGGGUGUGGAAUACGGUCCUUCGAACAAGGUCGAGGUCGCCAACUUCAUGAGCUCCACCGAGUGGGAGCUGACCCCCUUGGGCCAGUACAUCUCGGUGCUCAGAAAGGCCAAGGAGGAACGCGAGCGGAUCUUGCGCCAAGCGAUGGAGGACGAGGACCGCGACGAACGGAGAGAAAAGGCCAAGCAGGCCCAGGAGGAAAUGGAAGACGAGGACAUGGAAGACUCGGACGAGGAAUAA